GGGACUGUGAUGACGGGGGCACCCUCCUGCGGCCCGACUUCCGGGGGGGAGACCAGGCGGGAGGCGGUUGCCGUGACAACGGGGCGCUCUGGUUCCACCGUUCGCUCUCGGCUCGAAUGGAUUAAGACGCCGGGCACGCUGGGAGGGAGGUGGGGGUGGUGUGGAAGCUCCGGAGUUGCAGCAUGGAGUACAGGAGAGAGGAGAUGGCCCCAGUCUGCCCCAACCCGCUCUUCCUGCAGUGGCUGGUGGAGUGGAGGGACACGGCCGCAGAAAGGCAGCACAAGUCGCAGGUCGUCUACGAGAAGGCCAUCCGAUCGUUGAUCAUGUACCCGCUGCCGCUGCGGAACGGUCGCGAGGCGAGGAUUCUGUACGGCUUCGGCGACGGCAUCUGCAGCCGUCUGGACGAGAAGCUGGCCGAUUACUUCGCCGAACACGGUGGAGACGCGCCCAUCCAUUACGCGUGUGACACCGUUCCCCUGAGCGCGGUGUGGGCGCAGAGGAAGAACGCGCCCUGCGGCAGGUCCCCGGUGAAGGCAACAAGCUGCUGGGCCGCCGAGGGCCUGUCUGAAGACGAUGAAGCAGCAGACCGAAGGCCGUCUCCUUCCCCGAGACGGAGGCGUCACGAGAACAGAGAAGAACAGGACUACAAUUUUUUCUUUCCACUGCAGAAGCGAGUAGCGAUCGGGGCGGCUACGCGCCUGCUGCUGCCACCUUCAAACAUAGAGGCCAUGGAUCCAGAGAACGUUAGAGAUCCAUGGUCCCAGUACGGAUUGUCAGGUUGGAACUACUACAGGUCCCUCGAGAUGGCCGUUGUGUCGAGGCACCACACAAGCAACAUUUUCGCCGUGUCCCCCCCCGGCCCACCCAGGUUCACCCUGACUGAGAAGGGGCUGAGGCUGGGGGAGAAGUUGAGCGCAGAGCACAUGGAGCAGGAGAGGCUGCAGGAAGGCAGGCCCGAGCCAGACGGACACGCCGACACGCUCCCGGACCAGCCGCACGGAGACCAGGAGGAGCGGUCCACGCACUCCACAACCCCAGGUGGGAGCAACGAGCAGCCGCCGGCCGUGCGUGCGUUCCCGUGCCAGUGGUGGGCGGGCGCGCGGCUGCCCGGGGCCGCGGAGAUGGCGGGCACGGGGGGCACGUGUGCCAGCGGCAGCCGGUCCCAGCAGCCUCCGUUCACCCACAUCCCCGAGUUCACCCUGCACCCCGGGGGCUUCGACGUGGUCCUGUGCAUCGACUUCAUCGAGACCACCGCGGGAGCGAGCCACAGGAAGCGGGAGCUGGUGUCUGAGCUGAAGAGAAACAAGAUCGACUUUGACGUCCGCAAACUUCACGUGGGAGACUUCCUGUGGGUGGCCCGAGAGCGAGUCCACGGCUGUCCAGGGCAGGCGAACGCUCCCCGCCCACGGGAGCUGGUCCUCGACUACGUGGUGGAGAGGAAGAGGAUGGACGACCUGUGCGGGAGCAUUGUGGACGGGCGAUUCCGUGAGCAGAAGUUCCGUAUGAAGCGCUGUGGGCUGAGGAACCGCAUCUACCUGGUGGAGGACUGCAGCUUCGUCAAACACCUCAGCCUCCCCGAGACCACGCUGCAGCAAGCCAUCGUCAACACCCAGGUGGUGGACGGGUUCUUUGUGAAGCGGACCAAAGAUGUGAAAGAGUCGGCUGCCUACCUCACCAUCAUGACCAGAUACCUGCAGAACCUCUACCUGCAAAAGACACUGGUGAGCUGCCGGAAGGAGGAACAAGGUGCCGCCUGCUCCAGGGAGGACACAGACACGGACACCUGCAUCCUCCUCACCUUCAUCGACUUCAACGAGGGGGCAAUGAAGAACAGGGCGCAGACAGUGAAGGAGGUGUUCGCCAAACAGCUGAUGCAGAUCAACGGCAUCAGUGGGGAGAAGGCGGUGGCCAUCUUGGGCCACUACGACUCUGUAGCCAGCUUGAUGAAGGCGUACGAGGCGUGUCCCACCGUGACGGGGAGAGAAAAGCUGCUCGCUAACAUCAAGGUGUGGCAAUACUCAGCGGUUAAGGGCGACACAUGGACCUUGUGGGUACGACCAGGUCACUCCAGGUGCACAGGUUUUAUAUCUAAAAGAAAACCCAUCGAUUGGAAGCGGAAAUUUGAAGAGCUCUUGAUCCGAUGUUGGACUCCGACCGGCCGGGACCUACUGCCGUCCCAGCGAUGUCUCCCUCGGCGAAGGGCAUCAUUCUACACGUCGCGGCUCUGCUGA